AUGGCGGCGGCAACAACUAACAAGAAUAUGAAAAGCUAUGAUGCUAACGGCGACUUUGAAAAAGAUGACGGUGAAAGAUUCUCACACAAACAAACAAGUCCUAUUCCUCCAUUUCUUAAUGCCAUCAUUGCUUACACAAACCCAACUUCCAUCCACAAACACCUCCUAUUCUCACAUUUUCAAUUCGCACGUAAGUAUCGAUCAUUAUCAAAGAUGAACAUCAAUACUAGUGGAAGGAUCAGUGAUGGUGAGGAUCUGGACCACCAGGACUUAGACGAUUGGGAUAAGGUUAACCUAGAGUGGAUUGUACUGGGUCAGGUAUCUGAGCAUGCUGUUCGGAUUGC